AUGAGUGCCAAAGUCAAAGUUCCUAGCGUGUUUUUUCAAACACAAUGUGCCUUAAUGAAUGGGUUUUUUCCAGCAAAGGCUCAAUAUACUGAAGUAGAUUAUCCAAAAUUGGAUGGUAAAGUUGUAAUUAUUACUGGAGCUUCUUCCGGUGUUGGUUAUGAAGCAGCUAAAUUAUUAUUAGCUGUUACAAAUGCUAAGGUUUAUAUCAUUGCAAGAAACAAGAGAAAGAUUGAAGAUGCCAUUAAGAAAUUGCAAUUAGAAAUAGCCCAAGAAUUCAAUAAGAAGACUAUUAAUGUUGAUUAUGUCUUAGCUGACUUUAGUGAUUUAACUACCAUCAAGGCUGCUGCUCAAGAUUUUCUUUCAAAAGAAACUAGAUUAGAUAUUAUUAUCCACAAUGCUGGUGUUAUGACCCCGCCCCCUGGAUCCAAGACUAAGCAGGGUUAUGAAUUACAAUUAGGCACCAACAAUCUUGGACCCCAUUUGUUACAAAAAUACUUAGAUCCUAUUUUUAUUGCUACUUCCAAAACGAAUAAACAGGGUGAAUCUAGAAUUAUUUAUACCUCAGCUUCGGCUCACUUUUCUGCUCCAUUAGGGGGAAUUCAUUAUGCUGAUCCAAAUUAUUAUAAUACUAAAGCUACACCUUUUACUAUUUAUGGUCAAAGUAAAGCCAUCAACAUUUUACUGGCCAAGCAAUGGACCAAGGAACAUCCUGAAGCAAAUAAUGUUAUAUGUGCAUCUUUAUGCCCAGGUUUUCUUAAAACUGAUUUACAAAGAUACAUGUCAGGUUUUGCACAUAUUGUUGUUAACAGAUUAUUUCACGAACCAAGAAAUGGAGCUUAUACAGAAUUGUUUGCUGCUUUGUCUCCAGAAUUAACUAAAGUGAAGUCUGGUUCAUACAUUGAAUCCUUUGGAAAGUUUGCCACUGAAAGAGCAGACCUUCAAGAACCAGCUGCUGCCAGGAAGAGUUGGAAUUUCUUAGAACAAGAGGUCGCAAAAUAUUAUGAACCAUAGUUGUUUCUUUAUAUUAAACACUGUUUAACCUACAUUGAUAUUACAAUUAUAUUAAUAUUAUUUAAAUUGAAGUC